CAUCUCCCUGCGUCUGGUUUGUCCUGUCACUCACGCGAAAAAAGUCACUCAAAAAAGAGGGCAAAUGCACGUGAAGUAUAACUUGGGGGUGAAUAGGAGGUAAACAGCACAUUGGAGCCAUGUCUCUGGCUUUAUCGCGCUGUCUUUGUAGGGUUUUAUCUCAGCGCCCCGCUCCGUCGAGUUUCCUGCUGGGGGAGCAGCACCAUGCUGGACAGAGCUCCUGGUUUGUCCCGGUGAUGACACUGAAAACUACAGCUGCACUGAGAGCGGAGCCCAAAAAGAAGAAGAAAGUAGACCCAAAAAGGGAGCAGAUGGCAAGAGAGAGGCUGAAGAAAAGGUUGAAAAAGCUGGAGAAGGUUCCUCCUGAGCUGAUCCCAAUAGAGGACUUUAUCGUGCCUGCCAAAUGUUUGGAUGAGACGAGGCAACGCUCCUCACCAAGGUUGACGUUUGAGGAGAGUGAGCGUCGAGCUCUGCUGCUGAAAGAGUGGGGUGUAUACAAGCAGAGGCAACACCUGGCUGAGAAGGAGGCUCUGGAACGUGCUCUGAUGUCUCAGAGAGAGGCCCUAGAGGAACUAAAGCUGGAGUCAGAGGAGCUGUAUCAGGCUGCCUUGAAGCCAGACCCCCUUCUGUUUCCCUUCACUCAUGAAGGACCCGUUUACACGCCAGCAAAGGCAAAGUAUUAUGCUCCUGAUGGGAAAUACAGUGACACCACUAAAGUCUACACCCAGUAAAGAACAGGGAGAAACUUAGUAAGCAUUGUUUUAUUUAAUCAGUGUGUCUCUUUGUUUCUACAUGAGACCAUGAGCCAAGAUGCAGCUUAAGCAGCAAACAUGGCAGUGACAUUUUUCCUAUUCUUUGUUGUAACGUCACCUUAUUUGUUUUCUUUAUUGAAUGUGACAUUUAUUGAAAUAUUGUGUAGUUUGACAGAUUUAUUCAAGUAUGUAUCUCUAUAUAAAACCUGAUAUUAAUAAAACUGGCUUUUUGUUUAA